GGUAACGAUAGGCAGCGGGCGCAUAGGCAAAGGACAAUAAUAGUUCGUAUCAGCACAAGCAACAGGGGCGUCAGCAACCGGUUAAUUCAAAUUUCUUUUUUCCCCAAAAAUCUGUGUAAUAUUUAGCCUAGCUUCUUAUUUCCAUCUGCAGCAAAAGCGUUGCAGCUGCACUUAUGGCGAGGUUAGUUAGUUAGCUACUUACCCCGCUGAGGGGAAACAGCAUUAAAAAGAAAAAAAACUUUACAAAAGCAGCAAAAUAGAUAGCCAUAUAAGCAAGCUAAGUUACAUGCGGGCUACAUUGUUACCUAACACGUCUUUUUCACUGUGUGCGGUGCAAGUGCAUGCCAAUGUUUUGGUUACCCAGCUAGUCUGGGAUAACUAGCUGUCCGAUUGCUCCGAUUGCUGUGAACAUUGAAAACCGUGCGGCGCGUCUCCCUCUGUGCGGGUCAGUCAUAAUAACGGCAUCAGGUUACGGGGACGAAGAGCACCCAACUCGCGCUGCCCCAGCUAGCCAGCCACUCGUUAGAUAGCUAGCUGAAACAGGUGGGAUUUCUCUUUUAUCUUGAAAAUCUUUAUUGAUGACCUGGACAAAAUGGACGAGCUCAGCGAUGUGGUCGCGUCACGUCUGGUCAGAAGUAUUAAAUAUUAAUGAUACCGGGCUAGAUAAGAGGUUUAUUGUGGGAUUAUCGAACGCUUCUCUUUUUUAUCAAGACAGAGGGGAGAGUUAGCUUGCUAGCUAGGUAGCUAGCUAACCUUUGCUAGCUACCGACGUCAACUACAGAUAAACGACAAAACGCCGAGAUGUUUAACCCCCAUCACCAUCAACAACAGCAGCAACAGUUCCACCAACACCUGCGGCAGCUCCAGCAGUUGUUUCAGCAGCAACCACCGCCUCCUCCUCCGCCGCCUCCACCCCCGCCGCAGCCGCCACCAGCGCACCACAUCCCGCAUCACCACCAGGGAGCCCGGGCCAUGGCUGUGCCCGCACCGGCCCCACCUCCUCCCCGCUUGGUCAACAUCUGCUCGGCCACCCAGGCCACCAUCAUCGCUCCCAACCCCAUGCUGCAGGGGGCGCUACUCAUGCAGCAGAUGCAAGGUAACAUGAGAGGGUUUGCGAUGGGUGCACAGCAGUUCCCCCCGUUCUUUCCGGCGGGGGCGAGAUCCUCCCUCCUGGGGCCUGUUCCUAUGGGCGUGGCCAUCAAGACCCCCCACAUGGGCUUCCCCCCACGCCCAUACCACCUGCACGGACGUUACUUCAACAAUGACUUUGCGGCCCGCAUGCCGGAGAGGAGCCGGGAGAGUGAGCAGCGGGCGCUGGCUGGGCCUGACGGCCGACCGGGCACCAGCGGCACCGAGGCGGAGACCAGCGACAGGGCCGUCACUAGAGAGGACGGAGCUGCUGUACCAGAGGGCCACACAGAGCCUUCAGCUGUGCAGCAGCAGGAGGAGCCAGCACUAAAGAGGCAGAGGACUGAAGGGACAGAGGAGCCCAUAGCGCUGCCCCCCCAGGUGGAUGGUGCCCUGAACACUGCUGACGACACACAGCCGGGGGACUGUGUCAUUCUGGAGGAGGGAGGAAGCGUAGCUGGACCGGAAGCCGUAGAGUUUGUGGAAGAGAGCAGAGCGGCUGAGAUCCUGGGUGCGACGGGGUCUCCAAAGGUCAUCGUCCAGCCGAGCGACGAGAGCCGGACGUUCGGCCCUGGGCUGGAGGAUGUGGGCGGGGCCAGGGAGGUCACAGGGACAUCGGCAGGGCGGGAGGAGCAGGCCAAGGAGGCGGGCGGAGAGGCGACCAACAAGUACUACUGCUACAUCUGCAGCAUCACCUGCCAUAACCAGCAGAACUUCCAGAGCCACAUGAACGGCCUGGCCCACCAGCAGCGCAUGAUGGAGAUCCAGCACAUGAGCAACGCCUGCCUGGUCACGCUGCUGCCGCGGGUGCAGGAGUCUCUGCAGGGAGGCCGCCGGGACGGAGAGAAGAGGCCAGGCCUGCAGCGAUGGUGCGCUACCUGCCAAAUCCACUUCACCAGUAACGUCAUGGACCACCGGCGGACCAAGGAGCACAAGCUGGCCAGUCGCUCCUCCUGCCCCUCCUGCACCGUGUGCAAGCGCCGCUUCAGGACGCCCCGCCAGUUUGUGGAGCACCUGGACUCCCCCGAGCACCGGCAGAGGAUGGAGGAGCUGCGGGAGGAAGGAGGGCCGGACGUCCUGGAGGAGCCCGUCCCCGCAGACGCGGUGAGCUGCUUUGAGAUGGAGGACUUUGAGGAAGAGCUCAGCGAGGAGGAUGAGGAGGAGGGCGAGGAGGAAGGGGAGGAAGGGGUGCAGAGCAGUUCGCAUGGCCAGGUGAGGGUACCGCCCACCUCCCUGCACACCGCAAGCAGCCUCACUCGCUGGAGUGGGGCUAACGGACCACUGAGUGACCUCUGA